UGGGGGUCCAGCAGGUCCCUAUCGCAGUGACAGUAUGAAGAGCAUGAUGUCUGGAGGUGGAAGUAGCUCCAUGUCUGGGGGAACCAGCAUGGUGAUGUCGGGGGGGAAGCCCGGGAAGUGGCAGACGGUCCAGAGUCACAUGCAGACGGGAGGACUCAGACCCAAAAGCUCUGGGGAUUCAGUAGGGGCUCUGUCCUCUGCUUCCACCCUGGAUCCCAUCCCCUCUGCUGGGCCGCUGGCCCGGCCACGCACCCUGCUACGCCAGCAGAGUCUCCAGCAGCCUCUCAUCCACCCACCCGUCCCAAGCCUCCUCACCCACCUCCCACCCACCUCCUCCCAGAGCCUGGGUCAGAUACACCAGGUUCCCCCACUGGGGCCCAGCCAGCCAGAGGGAGGCGUGGGCAGUGGGGGAGGAUGUGGAGGAAUGCAACGAGGCCCCAGGGGGGUGCGUGGGAGCCCGGCGGGGGCAGGCGCCUCACGGUACAGGGGAGGAGGAAGAGGUAACCCUGGGUCCUGGGAUCACAUGAUGGGCCAGUUGAAAAACAGAGGCCUGGAUGCCAAGUCCUUCCUCGAAGGGAAGAUUGUGGUUCUGUCUUUGGCUAUUGGUUUGGCUGAGCAAGAUGACUUUGCCAAUAUCCCUGAUCCAAUCACCUCCAUGCAGGAAGCACCACCAGCCAAUCAGGAAGCACUUCCUCCUCCACCUGACAAGAGGGGCGUGGGCAACAAGCCAUGCAACAGUCCCAAAGGCCACCCCCCCGACGGACACUCCUCAGUCACCGAUCUGGCCAACUCUCUCACCGGAGACAUGGUCAUGCUGUCCCCGGGAUCAGAGGAUGACGAUGGUGAAGGUGCUGUCAGUGAGAAGCUGGGACGGAUCCAGUUCUCUGUUGGUUACAGCUUCCAGGACUCCACUCUGACCGUCAAGAUUCUCAAGGGCCAGGAGCUACCAGCCAAGGACUUCUCUGGGACCUCUGACCCCUUCGUCAAAAUCUACCUGCUUCCUGACAAGAAGCACAAACUGGAGACCAAGAUCAAGAGGAAGAACCUCAACCCUCACUGGAACGAGACCUUCCUGUUCGAAGGUUUCCCAUACGAGAAAGUGAGGGAGAGGACUCUGUACCUGCAGGUGUUGGACUUUGACCGGUUCAGUCGCAACGACCCCAUCGGGGAGGUUUCCAUCCCUCUCAACAAACUCAGUGACCUGGGACACAUGCAGACCUUCUGGAAGGAACUCAAACCCUGCAUGGAUGGAGCUGGGGGAGGCGGGGACCUGCUGGUGUCUCUGUGCUAUAACCCAACAGCCAACACCAUCACUGUGAACAUCAUCAAAGCACGCAAUCUCAAAGCCAUGGACAUAGGAGGAACAUCGGAUCCCUAUGUGAAGCUGUGGCUGAUGCACAAGGACAAACGCAUUGAGAAGAAGAAGACAGUGACCAUAAAGCGUUGUCUCAACCCCGUCUUCAAUGAGUCUUUCCCUUUCGAGGUUCCGGCCCACGUCCUCCGGGAGACCACCAUCAUCAUCACGGUCAUGGACAAGGACCGGCUCAGCCGCAACGAUGUCAUCGGCAAGAUCUACCUAUCAUGGAAGAGUGGUCCAGCGGAAGUGAAACACUGGAAGGACAUGAUGGGCCGGCCGCGUACCAAUGUGGCCCAAUGGCACGCUCUCAAGGCCUGAUGGUCCCGCCUACCCCCUCUUCAGUGACCCCAUACCCUCCCCCUCCCUCCAACGUCCAAUCCCCAUCCUUAUGCACAACACUGACUAGCUACCAGGCUGCAAAAUACGGGACCUUCCCUCUCUUCUCUGGAAAGUGGUAUAAUGUUCAACUGAAGUUGUAGAGAGAAAGAAACCAAUCAAUACUGUUUGUGAUGAUGACAUAACCUGAAGAUCGCUGGACAGCAAAUGGAAUUAUUGACCCUUGAUGCUGUUGUCUCUCUCUCUCUCUCUCUCUCUCUCUCUCUCUCUCUCUCUUUGUCUCUCUGUCUCUCUGUCUCUGUCUCU